AUGGCUGACAGCAAGACGGUGGCCGUGGCUUUCCUGCCCUCGCGGGACGCCGUGAGGACGUCCGUGCUCGCUCGCCGCUGGCGCAUCCUUUGGAAAUCCGUGCCAUCUCUGCGCUUCGAUGCUUCUCAGUUCGAGAGCGCCCAGGCUCUCAACGAUUUUGCUAGUAAGCUGCUUGAGCACCGCGACCGAACCGUGCCUCUUCGUGAAUGUCAUAUCAUCUCCUAUCAGGAUGGUGCAGAAGAUGAGGCUCUCUGUGAUCUUGAAUCGUGGGUCCAGUAUGCCUUCUCGUGUCAAGUUUCGGUGCUUCGAAUUGAAUCCUUGGGUCCUCGUCGUUCUGAUUUUUUGUUAUCCAGCAACAGUGUCAUCUCCAAGUACUUGACUGUACUAGACCUUUUUCGCUUGGAGUUUGGCGGAAACCCCCUUGAUCUUUUCUUCUGCCAGGCGCUGCAGGUGUUAGAGAUAGAUCACUGUUCUGUCAACCUUGGGGAUGUCUUGCCCAAGUCUUUGCGACAUCUGAAAAUAAGAAGUUCAAGACUUUUUUCCAGGCAUAAACCACAAAGUGGUCUUUCUGCUCUAGGUCUUGUUACCUUUGAACUAGCUGACCCUCAGGGGUGGACUCCUUUGCUUGAGAACCUGCCAUCAUUGGUAAAAUCAUUUAUCAGGCUUAGCUGCUUUUGCGAAGAUGCUUGUGAUAAUGUGAAGUGCCUCGGGGAUUGUGGUGACGAAUCAUGUCACGGAUGCUAUGGUGAAGAUGGUCGCUGUGUGCUUCUCAAAGGUUUGUCAGGCACUACGAAUUUAGAGCUGAUAAGCCAAUAUUCCAUGCAUUUUGACAUCGGAUCAAGUGGAAGUUACAACCCAGCAGAAUAUUUCUUGGUGUCGAAGCACCUCAAGGUGGUUGAAAUCCAUUGUAGCAAGGAGGAUGAAUGGAUUUGUGAAAUUGUGAAUAUCCUUGGUAGCCAUGGAGUAACUUCUGCGCAAAUUAGCAUCAAACAUGAUUCUUGGAGUUCUUGCAGGUUCAGUUUCGAGCAGCCAAAGUAGAUGUCCCUGAAUUAAUCUUGGCAGCAUGAGGUUGCUGUGUUUUAUCUACCUGGAUCGUGUGUGUGUAUCCCUGAUCCAUUCAUAUGAAGGAUGGACUUCCGUUGAGAUGCGAUGUGAAUAGGUUCAAAUGUCGCUGAGGUGAUGUUGCACUUUUGGCCGGUGUCAGGCCUCAACUGAUUUACCUAUUGAAGGCCUAUGAUCUAUGCAUAUGUUUCAGCAACCUGUAUGUCUAGCUUAACUUGUGUAAAAUAGUACCUGUUCUAUAUUUGAGCAACCUGUAUAUCUAGCUUAACUUGUGUAAAAUGUUGCCUGUUCUCUUAUAUCGAGUACUGCUUUAGUUUACCUGUAUAUCUAGCUUAACAUAUUUGGC